AGCCUCCUCUGCUCCCCAAACCGCAACACGUCAUUCACGAUUUGCAAGGCACUCGAAAGGAACACGUCGCAUUGCAUCACUGCGCAAGCACCAUCCGUCAUGAGCGCCAUGGCAAGCAACCCACUGCCUUCGCUUCGAGCAGCUCUGGAGCCUCUGGGCAACAUGUACAUGUCUUCGAGCCUUCGGACACAAGGCUGGAACGGUUUCUCACUGAGCCUAGCUUCCCUGUCGAGCAGCACCAAGUCCAUCGCUGCUCCGCUCCUACCGGCCGUCGGGCCAAUCUCUGUUUCGAACAUGGCACAAGCAGUCAGCUCGGCACCUCAACAAUUUGCGCAGCUCUUGCAAUCCAUCUGGAUCACCUGCUGCGCUUUCCCAGCCAAUAGCGCCGCUCAAUUCUCGCUCGCCGGAUCCGCAAACACUCUGGCUUGGCUAGCUGCAAACACCGCUUCCAUCAUCAUUGCCUUCUACAUCUUCUGGCACAUUCUCGAACCGCGCGUCAGCAAGAUGCGAAGCGUCGAAGACUUUUUCUACUCUUGAAGCUGCAGCUGCUAGGUCCGAUCAUUGCCCCGCUCCUCUCUCUCCUCCACGACUGCUGGGUCGCCAUUGUAUCUGGCACGUGCGCUCAGCCAGAUCCCAAGCUUCCAGCCCGGGGAAUUCUUUUUCGUCUCAAUGUC